AUGGCGGAGUCCAACCCGCUCCGGGGGUUCCCCCGUCUCCGCCGGGCAGCGACCUCGUUUCCAGGCAACCUGCAUCUGGUAUUGGUGCUCCGCCCCACCGGCUUGCAAAGCCCCGCCCCCAGCCCCGCCUCCAGCACCGACCUGGGUUUCCGCUUCAGCCAGGAGGACUUCCUGUUGAAGAUGCCGGUUGUGAUGCUGCGGUCGGUGGGAGACCUGCUUCGCUACAUUGACGAACACCACCUGACCUCGGAGUUCACCGGGACGGUGCAGUACUGCCAAAGUGACUGGCUCGUCCUCCGCACGGCCAUCGAGAGCUUCGCGGUGACGGUGAAGGAGAUCGCUCAGCUCCUGCAGGGCUUCGGCUCGGAGCUGUCGGAGACCGAACUGCCUGAUGACGCCAACGCCAUAGAGUUCCUGUUACACUCGCACACCCACCGCUACAGACAAAUGAAGGACGACAUCCGCAGCGUGCUGAAGGAAGGCCGCCUCCUGCUGUCCAACCUGGAAACUGCAAAGGCAUCCAGGAGAGACGGAAUAGAGGAGCGGGACAUAGAGGCAGACACCAACACCGUCCACAGGCUCCUGGCUCAACUCAGAGAUAUGGAGGAGGCAUUUGAUGGCUUCUUUGAGAAACAUCACCUGAAGCUGCAGCAGUACCUCCAACUGCUACGCUAUGAGAUGAGCUUUCAGCAGAUGGAGGAGGCAUUGGAGAAGAUUACUGACCAGGAAAAAGAGAUUUCCUCAAUGGGAACCACUGUGGUCCAAACAGAACAGUUACUAAGAGACCUGGAGUCCCUGGACACAAAUGCUCAGGAGGAAAUGGCCCGUGCUCAGGUGGUUAUACUCCAUGGUCACCAGUUAGCAGCCAACCACCACUACGCCCUGGCACUCAUCAUCCAGCGCUGUAAUGAGCUCCGACACCGUUGUGACGUCAUCACCACCGCCAUCCGCACCAAGCGGGCCUCGCUCACACGGGCACGAGACCUCCUUCUGCGCCUCGAGGAGGCCCUGCAGUGGUGCGAUGAAGCUGCCUAUCUGUUGGCCAGUCAGAUGGUGGACAGGUUCCAAACGAGAGAGGGGGCUCAGGAGGCCCUGCAGCACCUCAGCUUCCACCAGGAGAGGGCGCCCUCUGCACUGAAAAACAGCCAGGACACUCUGAGCCUGGAGUUCGAAGCCAUACUUACCCCGCAGCUGCAGUCCCAAAUUUCCAUGGUAACGGAGAAACUGAGCGUGGUCCAGUCCAUGAUGAGGAACAGAGAGCAGUGUCUGAGGAAGCUGGCUGAUGUGCAGGUACGACCCAUCCAGCUGGUGGCACCCCGCCCAGAACCCGACCAGGUCUCCAUGCGCUGCAAGUCACCCCUCUUCUCCCCUAAACACGGUGUGGACUUCAACGUCCUGAAUUCCAAGUUCUCCUUUGACCUGCUCCCUGGGAAGAGAGCCUCUCGAAGAAACAACAGCCUGCGGACGAUCGAGGUGAUACAUGAUUACCAAGGCAACCGCAGCUGUUUGUACAGCCCCGCCCCGGACACGGACUCCGAGGCGGAGGAGAAUCCAGAGCAGGUCACACGACAUAUUAUGAAGGAGCUGAUAGCAACAGAGAGGAUCUAUGUCGACGAGCUGCUCUCGGUCCUGCUGGGAUACAGGGCAGAGAUGGAGGAUCCAGCCCUUUCCAAUCUGCUUCCCUUUGCUCUACGCAGCCAGAAAGAUGUUCUGUUUGGCAACAUGCCAGAGAUUUACCAGUUCCAUAGCAGGAUCUUCCUCCAAGAUCUGCAGGGUUGCCUGGAGACACCAGAAAGAGUUGGAGCCUGCUUCCUGCAGCGGAAAGAGAAGUUCCAGGUGUAUGAGCGUUACUGCCAAAACAAGCCUCGCUCCGAGUUGCUAUGGCGACAGUGUUCUGAUUCACCCUUCUUUCAGGAGUGUCAGAGGAAGCUGGACCACAAGCUGGGCCUGGACUCCUAUCUAUUGAAACCAGUCCAGCGCCUCACCAAGUACCAGCUGCUACUCAAGGAGUUGUUGAAGCACUGUACAGAGGCACAGUACCGCUGUGAGCUUCAGGAGGCGCUAGACUCUAUGUUGGAGCUUCUCAAAGCCGUCAAUGAUUCCAUGCACCAGAUAGCCAUCACCGGAUACCAGGGUGAUCUGAGUCAGUUGGGCCGUGUGGUGUUGCAGGGAGGCUUCAGUGUGUGGAUUAGCCACAAGCGAGCGGCAGUCCGGAUGAAAGAGCUGGCCAGGUUCAAGCCCAUGCAGAGACACCUCUUCCUCUACGACCACGCUCUGCUCCUCUGCAAGCGCAGAGACGAGGACACGCACGACAGAACGCCGUUUUACAGCUUCAAACACUGCCUGAGAAUGAGUGCAGUUGGGAUCACAGAAACUGUGAAAGGAGAUGCAAAGAAGUUUGAGAUCUGGUACAGUGGCAGAGAAGAAGUGUACAUAGUUCAGGCUCCCACCGCGGAGGUGAAAAGCUCUUGGCUGACAGAGAUUCGCAGGAUUCUCAAUAACCAGCAGAAACAGCAUCAAGACGAAGCUCCUUCCCUUCCGCUGUCAGAUGUUCCUCUUUCUGACAGUGUGUUGGGGGUGUGUGUGUCUUGGGGCGGAGCAUCGAUGGGGGGCUGCUCAGCGUGUCUCCAUGUUCCUCACAGCUCCACGGCAACGAGCCGCUCGCACACGCUCCACGGGGAGGAGUCAACACACACUAGCCCCGCCCUCUCAGAGCCCGUGGUCCAAUCACCUCGACCUGGUUGGCCCACCCUUGCCCAUUCAGUAGCUAUCUGUGAGGGUCUGGAGGACUGGGGCGCGACAGACCUCUCCAACCUGUCCGAUUCAGAGGAGGAGGAUCAGCCCGCCCCACUGGUGGCUGGACGGUACAGGGUCAUGGUGGAGAGCAGCAUGGCCAGCUCGGAUGACAUUAUCUUUAACUGCGGUGAUGUCAUUCAGCUGCUUUACGCAGACUCAGCAGGAAUGUGGAUGGUGAGGAAUAUGAGUCGUGGUGAAGAAGGACGUGUCCUUCCUGAGGACCUGCAUAGGAUUCUGGGAGCGACCUGCUGA